GAAAUAGAAGCCAUUAACCUACCUUGUUCAGAGAGAACACUAAAUCAGCACAAUAUGGCACAGCAUAGUAUUGUCCUUGGAUUAUUCAUGAUGACUGUUUUAUCACUGUUGGAUGGAAGUUCAGCUUUCCUGUUAAAUCAGCAUCUGAAGGGAAGAUUUCAAAGAGAUCGUAGAAACAUCCGCCCAAACAUCAUCCUUGUUCUUACUGAUGAUCAGGAUGUAGAACUUGGUUCUAUGCAAGUGAUGAAUAAAACAAGGCGGAUCAUGGAACACGGAGGUGCUCAUUUCAUCAAUGCCUUUGUGACAACACCCAUGUGCUGCCCAUCUCGCUCCUCUAUUCUUACUGGGAAGUAUGUUCACAACCACAACACUUACACUAACAAUGAGAACUGUUCUUCUCCGUCCUGGCAGGCUCAGCAUGAAAUACGUACAUUUGCAGUGUACCUCAACAACACAGGAUACAGGACAGCUUUCUUUGGAAAGUACCUUAAUGAAUACAAUGGCUCCUAUGUGCCUCCUGGUUGGAAAGAAUGGGUUGGAUUACUUAAAAACUCUCGAUUUUACAACUACACACUCUGUAGAAAUGGAGUAAAGGAGAAGCACGGAUAUGACUACUCCAGGGAUUAUCUAACUGAUCUGAUUACCAAUGACAGUAUUACCUUCUUCAGAAUCUCAAAGAAGAUGUAUCCUCACAGGCCUGUACUGAUGGUUAUAAGCCAUGCUGCUCCUCACGGCCCUGAAGAUUCAGCCCCUCAGUACUCACAUCUCUUUCCUAAUGCCUCACAGCACAUCACUCCCAGCUAUAACUAUGCUCCAAACCCAGACAAGCACUGGAUAAUGAGGUAUACAGGUCCCAUGAAACCUAUACACAUGGAGUUCACCAACAUGCUACAGAGAAAGCGCCUUCAAACACUCAUGUCUGUGGACGACUCCAUGGAGAUGAUUUACAAUACACUGGUUGAAACAGGGGAACUGGACAAUACAUAUAUAAUAUACACAGCAGACCAUGGUUAUCAUAUUGGUCAGUUUGGGCUGGUGAAAGGAAAGUCCAUGCCAUACGAGUUUGAUAUCAGAGUUCCUUUCUAUGUCCGAGGUCCAAACGUGGAGGCUGGGUCCUUGAAUCCUCACAUUGUGUUGAAUAUUGAUCUUGCGCCUACAAUUCUAGAUAUUGCUGGGUUGGAUAUUCCGUCUGAUAUGGAUGGUAAAUCAAUUCUAAAGCUUCUGGAUUCUGAGAGACCCGUGAAUAGGUUCCAUUUAAAGAAAAAGAUGAAGGUGUGGAGAGACUCGUUCCUAGUAGAAAGAGGUAAACUACUGCAUAAGAGGGAGAAUGAAAAGGUAGAUGCCCAAGAAGAAAACUUUCUACCCAAGUACCAGCGUGUGAAAGACCUCUGUCAGCGAGCUGAGUAUCAAACGGCUUGUGAACAGCUUGGCCAGAAAUGGCAGUGUGUGGAAGAUGCCAGUGGAAAGCUCAAGCUACACAAGUGCAAGGGAAUGGCGAACUUGGCAGCUGCAGGCAACAGCAAAGGCACCUCCAAUAUUUUGCCCAAGUAUUACAACAGGAAUAGUGAAGACUGUAACUGUGAAGAGAACGAAUACAAGCUGAGCCAUGUCGGUCGGAGAAAAAAACUCUUCUCCAAGAAAAAAUACAAACCAAGCUACGUCCGGAAUCGCUCGAUCCGUUCUGUGUCUAUUGAGCUGGAUGGAGCUGUUUAUAACUUGGGUUUAGAGGAUGAAUACCAACCUGUCUUACCACGAAACAUCACCAAGCGACACAAGAUGCAAAGGGCUAUUCUUCGUGAGGAGGAAGAUAAAGACAUGGGGGAAUACAGUGGCACUGGUGGCAUUGCAGAAUAUACAGCCCCUAACCUAAUAAAAGUGACUCACAGAUGCUAUAUCCUGGAGAACGAUACCGUUCAGUGUGACACAGAUCUGUACAGGUCACUGCAAGCUUGGAAGGACCAUAAACUCCAUAUUGACCACGAGAUUGAAACUUUGCAAAAUAAAAUAAAAAACCUGAGGGAGGUGAGAGGUCAUCUGAAGAAGAAGCGACCUGAAGAGUGUGAUUGUAACAAGAUCAGUUACCAUUCAAAACACAAGAGCAAACUGAGGCACAAGGGAUCUAGUCUUCAUCCUUUCAAGAAAGCCCUACAGGAGAAAGACAGGCUGUGGCUGCUCCGAGAGCAAAGACGAAAGAAGAAACUGCGCAAACUGCUUAAGAGAAUAAAAAAUAACGACACUUGCAGCAUGCCUGGGCUGACCUGCUUCACCCAUGACAACCAGCACUGGCAAACAGCUCCCCUGUGGACACUGGGCCCUUUCUGUGCCUGUACCAGCGCCAACAACAACACAUACUGGUGUUUGAGGACAAUCAACGAGACCCACAACUUCCUGUUUUGUGAAUUUGCUACUGGAUUUUUGGAGUAUUUUGAUCUCAAUACCGAUCCAUAUCAGCUAAUUAAUGCGGUGAAUACACUUGAUAGAGAUGUUCUCAAUCAACUGCACGUCCAGCUCAUGGAACUGAGAAGCUGCAAAGGGUAUAAACAAUGCAAUCCAAGAACGCGGAAUAUGGACCUGGGACUUAAAGAUGGAAGCUACGAGCAGUACAGGCAGUUUCAGCGUCGAAAGUGGCCAGAUGUGAAGAGACCAUCAUCUGCCAAGUCACUAGGACAACUGUGGGAAGGAUGGGAGGGCUAA